GGGCAGGACCACCACGCGGGCCUGCCACCCUGCCACCCUGUCACCCUGUCUACCUGUCUACCUGCCUGCCUACCUACCUUCCUACCUACCUGCCUGCCUGAUUACCUACGAUGACUCUCGCCUACCCAGACAGCGAUAAGGAACCGGCUGGACAGACUUCGCUGCCCGGCUCCCUCCCCACCACCCCCAACACCGCCUCCACCACCCUGGCCGUGCAUAUGGGCCCCAUGCACUCCGCCUCCGUCCGUAACCAAGGGCGUCUGCGAGGGGAUAAGGCGGUAGAUGCGGAUGAGAAUGACGGAGGUAUUGGUGUCUGCGGGUGGAUCCUGACGGGCCUAUCAUGGAUCCUCGUGCUGGCCACUAUGCCCUUCUCCUUCUGCGUCUGCUUCAAGGUGGUACAGGAGUACGAGAGGGCAGUCAUCUUCCGCCUGGGUAGACUGCUGCAAGGAGGCUCCAAAGGGCCAGGAAUCUUCUUCAUCUUGCCAUGCAUUGAAUCCUACUCUAAGGUAGACUUGCGGACCAGUGUCUUUGACGUGCCGCCCCAAGAGGUACUCACCAAAGACUCCGUGACGGUGAGUGUGGACGCCGUGGUGUACUACAGAGUGAGUAAUGCCACUGUGAGCGUCGCCAACGUGGAGAAUGCCCACCACUCCACGCGGCUCCUGGCGCAAACCACGCUCAGAAACAUGCUGGGGACGAAGAACCUGCACGAGAUACUGGGCGACAGGGAGUCCAUCUCGUGUGAUAUGCAGGGCGUGUUAGACGAUGCUACAGAGAACUGGGGUAUAAAGGUGGAGAGAGUGGAAAUCAAGGACGUGAGGCUCCCUGUUCAGCUGCAGCGUGCGAUGGCAGCAGAGGCCGAGGCUGCGAGGGAGGCCCGGGCUAAGGUGAUCGCCGCUGAAGGAGAACAAAAAUCCUCCAGAGCACUAAAGGAGGCAGCUGACGUCAUCGCCCUCUCGCCCGCCGCCCUCCAGCUUCGCUACCUCCAGACGCUUAACACCAUCUCCGCCGAGAAGAACUCCACCAUCAUCUUCCCGCUGCCCAUCGACUUCCUGCAGCACUUCAUGGGCGGGAAGGAGUGACGUCUGCGCCUCCUCUCCCCGCCUCCUCCCGCCCGCACCCUGAAAUGCCUCUUUCUCAAUAGUUUUUAUACAUCACUAUAAAUGUUAUAUACAGAAGAUAUAAAGUCUAUAUAUAUAUUAUAUUAACAAUAAGCUCAUAGACAGUUGCCUAAAAAAAAACAAUCUUAGGAUAAUGGUAGCGGAUUUUUGUGUCCCUAAAGAGGAGAUGAGACAGAGGGAGGGGAAAAGAGGGGAACCAGUGAGUGAGAUUCGUGGUUUGCAAGCGUUUUAGGGACUUGCAUUCUUUCCCUGUUUUAUUGGGAAACGUUUUAGAAUACUACGGUAAACAUGUGGCGCAAUUGCGAAGCUUUGAUGCCAUUUUGUUUGAGUUACGGGUUUAGUUUUGCGUCGUUUUCUUCCUCGGUUGCACAUGAACGCGGUGACCAGACUCGUUUUCCUCCGUGGCGCGAGUCUUACGUUUUCUUUCGCUCUGUUAACUUUCGCUGGUAAGAUUAACGAUCAUUUCAAGGCGUUACUUCUUCAUUUAUUUAUCGCCUUUUCUUUUUUAAUGGUAUAUAUAUAUCGAAUGUCAGGCAUAUCCUUAAACUACCCUUGAAUAAACAACCGAACACACACACACACACACACACACACACACACACACACACACACACACACACACACACACACACACACACACACGUUUUUAUAGCUAAUUUACGCCCACGUUACUGAGGUGGGGAGUGUGGGCGCGUGUGGGCGUGUCGGAGCGUACAAUUGAAACUGCUGUGGAGGCCAAGAGGAGAGAGAUGCUCAUUUGUUUUCAUUCUAGCUUUGAUCCCAGUUUUUUUACGUAGGAUUUUGACAACUUAAGAAUUUCAGUGAUGUAACAAUAAUCAAAAUCUAAACGCUGCUUGAGAAUUACCACCUAUUCAUUUAUUUUCAUUGUUUUCUUUACGUGUUUCCACAUUGCUAUCUCUUUAUGUAGAUUUGUAAUGUUUCCCUUUCAAUAUAUUCGUUUUCUUUCAGUAAUAAUUAAUAAAGAAAAUGGAUGUGGCAGAGGGAAAGUCUUGUAAAUCAUUCCAUUACAAAGAGCCUACUUAAAUUUUCUUCGUCUUGUUUUACUUGCUUUCUUUACCUUGUCUCCGUUCCUUCACACUUUUAGCAAUGCAUUCUUUACACUUCACUUAUCGUUUGCAUGGCCGUCCUCGUGUGCUUCAGGUGUUUCUUUUCCCAGGAGAGUUGACUGAAGGGGGACCACAGAUUUUCUUUUCCAAGGACAGAGGAAAACAGGGUUGGAAUGGCAGUUUUCUUUUCCCAGGAGGGGCGAGUAGGGCGUAUUCAAUAUUUCCUUUUCCCAGGAGAAGGAAGAUUCAGAUUGGUAUUAUAAUUUCCUUUUCCCCAGGAGAGAUAAAGAGAUAUAAGAAAGAACUUUAUUUUCUAGAAGUAUAAGAAAAAAAAAAAACAUGGGAAUUAUUUUCUAAAGGAGAAUGGAGAACAAGGGUGGAGUUUCAGUUUUAUUUUCCCAGGACAGAGAACAGAAGGAAAGUCUCCCCUUUUUUCCGACGAGGGAAGAGAAAACGGGUUGAAUCUCAGAGUGAAUACAGGGAACUUUUUUUUUUUUUCCCAGGAGAGACCAGAAGAAUGACAGCAACUGAAUGAAUGACUGACUGACUGACUGAUUGAUUUGAGACGAGACAGCACUGGGGUAGUAAGUCGCAGGAGAGAUGAGUGGGAGAGUUGAGACAUGUCAAGAUAAAGGAAUAAAGUGACAUGAUUAGGAGUUAAGAGAUUAUCAAGAAGAACGAAGCGAAGUGAAGGGACAGGAAGGGAAGUGAAGGGAGAGAAAGGUAGUGAAUGAGUAGGAGGAGGAAGUGAUGGGAAAUGAUGAAGAGAGAAAGGCGGUGUUAUUUUUGCAUGUUGGUCAACUCUCUGGUUAUAGUACAAAAUGGUGCACACCCUUUCCAAAGCUUCUUAUCACACACACAUACACACACAUAUUCUAUUUCAGUUAACGUGCAGCAAAAUCUAAUAAUACUUUUAAUCUCGUUUCUUUUGCGAUGUCAAAUCAGAAGAAAUUCAAUAAUGAUAAUAUCUACUUUUUUAUCACAUCAAAUAGUACAAUUAUCUUUUUUUUUUUCUCCUCCUGCAAGUUCAGUUAUGCAUUUAAAGACAAAGGAUGAGUAUUAAAUAUUUUUCUUUUUUUUUAUAGUUAAAUAUUUACUUCGCCUCCUUUCACAUAUUUUAGAAUCUCAAACACAUACAGGAACGCAACAAAGACAGAUCAUACAUAUGUACAUUUUAAAAAGACCCGAAACCAAACGAAACAUACACAGUUAUAUAUAUAUAUAUAUAUAUAUAUAUAUAUAUAUAUAUAUAUAUAUAUAUAUAUAUAUAUAUAUAUAUAUAUAUAUAUAUAUAUAUAUAUAUAUAUAUAUAUAUAUACUUAAUUCUCAAACGUUUCCAAACAAAAACGCAAAAUAACAAAUAGAAAAAAAAAAUUAUACCACACAAGCACCAAAACAAAACACACACCAUAACCAAGACCACAUAGAAUCAACACAACCAUCACCAUGCACAAAUGAAUAUUCUUUUCUAAAAAUACUACUAGAGAAAACGUACCGCUUAGGCCUUAAUUUCAUGGUGGACUAAGAUAUUUCCGUUUUCUUCGUUUUCUUUUCCCUGCCUCCUCCUGCUGGCCUCGUCGCCGCUUCACCGCCUCGCCUCCUCUCCUCUCGACCAAUCCUUGUACAUAGAUCCAUCAACGAAGACUUAGAGUAUAGCAAAGCCUCGAAUACCUUCACUAGACAUCUCUGGCGGGGCGGGUCACGGGCAAGAGAGAGAGAGAGAGAGAGAGAGAGAGAGAGAGAGAGAGAGAGAGAGAGAGCACUGCCCACUCCAAUUUGUACUGCUAGGUAUACUGUGAAUAUGGAAACACACACACACACACACACACACACACACACACACACACGCCUGAUUUCCGGAAUGGUGUAAAAUUUAUGACACCCGCUCAGAUUUUUUCCUUUUAUAUACAUUUUUUUUUUAAUUCCCGUGAUGAUGGGAGUAACAAGAUAAUGAAUGAUGAAUAACACUAAAGGAACGGACGGAUUCUUCAUUUCUCGUUGUGUUUUUCAUUUAUAUUUCCGGGAUUUUCAUGUAUUAUGUCUUUUUUAUUUUUUUUUCUUGUGAAUUUUGAAGAUGAAAGUUGAAAAAAAAAUAAUAAUUACAUUUCGUUGCCUUCCUCGUCUUUUUGUGUAUAUCUCCUUCUCCUCUUCGAUCUUUCUUCUCCUCCUCCUCCUCUUCUUCCUUCUCAUCAAAAAUAAUCACCAAUAAUAAAUAGUUCGUUAAUUAUCUACUUUUCCUCCUAUUUUUCUUUAUGUACUUAUCCCUUUUCCUUCUUUUAAAUAAUCAUCAAUAACAGUAAUAUGAAAUAGCGUCUCAUGCAGAUAAGAAUUUAAGAUUUGAAAAUAUUAUCGUUAUAACCACUUUGUUCUUCUUUUUUUCAUUUAAGUCUCUAGUAAGAAAAAAAGGGAAAAGAAAGGAAAGAAAACUAUCUUUGCUCACACAUUUUGUGGUUUACAAUAAGAAGAAAAAAAAAGAAUAAAAAGAAAGUAAAACGAAAGGAAAGGAAAUUGCAAUAACUUAACAAACUUUAUAGAUAUCAUGAGGAAAAGAAGAAAGUUCACAAGGAAAAUACGAAAAAAAUAAACAAAGCAACAUAAAGAAGAAAUAAAAAAAGUAAACUGCCAUAACUUUACACGUUCUUAAUCAACACAUACCAAAAUUGAAAAUAAACAAAAACAAAAAAAAAAAACCAGGAAUGAAUAACAGAACGUUCCUUUAGGCAUUAUACAUCAGAGAAAAAAGACAUACUAAAAAAAAAAAAGUUACGUACGUACGAAUCUGCUAUAUCAUUUAGAAUCCCUCCCCCCCUACCCUCCUUUGGCCCGGCGGUGUAUAGAAGUAGAUGACAGGUAGAUGAAGAAAAAACACAAGCCCUACGUGAACCAUUGCCUCAAACUGCGCUGUUAGGCUGUUACCACUAUUAUCACUAUUAUCUUCGUCUUACCUUGGUCUUUUCUUGUAAAUCUUCCUCGCCAUAUUUUUUUUUUAUCUAUUAUUUAUUUAUUCUGUUUAUUCUUCUAUGUAUUUACCCAGUACUUGUUUAUCUAUAUAUAUUUUUUUUUUCUACGGCAUGACUGAAAUUUUAGUUUUAUUGUGAUUUUCAAGUUACGUUUAGCUGGAGGAAUAUUAUUAUUAUUAUUAUUAUUAUUAUUAUUAUUAUUAUUAUUAUUAUUAUUAUUAUUAUUAUUAUUAUUACUAUUAUUGGUGUAGAAAUAAAUCAUGUACACAAUAAUCAUAUUUUCCUCCGUUCCAUUACGUAAGGCGAGGAAGCCACGCCCCCUCACAGCUCACUGACCAAUCACGGACGACCUAAGCUGAAUUAAAAAGUCCUCCUCUUAAAUUCCGCUCUUACAGUCCGUUUUCUCCAUUUUCUUUCCUUCAACUUGCAAUGAAUUUAUCCUCGUCAAGCUCAGUCCACCAUAUCUUCUUGCUAGUUACUGUAUUUAUGAAUUAGACGAGGAAUUUAGUGAUUGAAAUUGAAAUAAGUUAUCGAAUCACGUAAAAGAAAAUAGUAUUGGAACUCAUAGGAACCUUUUCGAUUUCUUUCUCUUUCGCCUCAGUAGAUUUAGGGAAGGUAAUGAUAAAAUUUAAUCUAACAUGCACACAAAAUGAUAAUAUUGUGAUGUUUCGAAAAAUAAAGAGGUACUGUUGUUAUUAUUAUUAUUAUUAUUAUUAUUAUUAUUAUUAUUAUUAUUAUUAUUAUUAUUAUUAUUAUGUAUCUAAAUGUUCGUAACCAUUACACACUAUUCACUACUAUUUUCAUUACCAUUAUUAUUGUUGUUGUUAUACUAUUACUACUGCCUCACCAUCACCACUAUUACUACCACCACUACCACUACCACUACCACCACCACCACCACCAUCCCUUCUAUAAUGUUUGUUGUUCCUCCGUGAUGUGGUUUAUUAUCACUACCACAAUCGUCUUGACACACACACACACACACACUCACACACACACACUUCGAUGUCUGUCUAAUCACUUAAUUUUGCACUUAAUUAUUUAAGUUACACAUAAGUACAUAUGCAGCCAAUGUAUACACGCAUAUAUGUGUAAACUGCGUGUAAGUAUAAAUAAGUAUACUUGAUUUAUGUAUGUGUAUAUUGUGUUCAUGUAUGUUUUUAAUGAUGUGCGUCUCUCUCUCUCUCUCUCUCUCUCUCUCUCUCUCUCUCUCUCUCUCUCUCUCUCU